CGAACCCGGCUUCAUCCGGAAAUGCUUUCAACAACUCGCGCGUCGGUGCGCAUUGCCCGUCGCUCGUUUGCAACCGUUGUCGACAAUGCGGGUCUCAAAGUCGCUUCGAUAGAGUCUAACCAACCAACCGUUUCUGUAACCGUUCUCGCCAAAGCAGGGCCAAGAUACCAGUCAAAACCAGGUGUCGCUCAUGCCCUCAAAAACUUUGCAUUCAAGGGGACUGGAGAGAGGUCUGCGCUGGGUACAAUACGGGAAAGUGAACUCUACGGCGGUGUUUUGUCGACAACGCUCACUCGUGAACACCUUGCUUUGACAGCAGAGUUUUUACGCGGAGACGAACAAUUCUUUAUUGACGUCCUUUCCUCUGUCAUUUCGUCGACGAACUACACUCGUCACGAAUAUGAGGAGCUCGUGCUUCCAGCGAUGGAGAGUGACAUUUCUGCUCUUUUGGCCGACCCCGCAUCGCACGCAGUCGAACUUGCUCAUGCCCUUGCUUUCCGUUCCGGUCUUGGCGCGUCACUGUUUGCUGGCCCUCAUUCACCAGUGACUGCCCAUGACGUUCAACAGUUCGCGUCGAGUGCGUUUGCAAAGGACAAUAUUGCCAUCUUGGGCACUGGCUUGUCAGAAUCUUCGCUCAAAUCCCUCGCAACUUCUGCAUCCUCUGCAUCAGGACUGACCACCUCCGUCUCCUCGUACUUUGGUGGAGAGACUCGUGUCGAAUCUCAUGGUGGACUCCAAACCAUUUUCAUCGGCUUUGGCUCUGCUGGCGCCCCUUCAUCCGAGCUUGCCGCUCUUGCUGCCUACCUUGACCCCAAUCCGUCUGUAAAAUGGGCUCGUAGUGAAUCACCCCUAUUGCAAUCCGGGAAAACGUCUGCCAGGGUUGUAUACCUGCCUUACUCCGAUGCGGCUCUCGUUGGUUUGCUUAUUCAGGGUUCUUCCACCGAGCAAGUUACUACUGCCGGAAAAGCUGCGAUCACAGCUCUGAAAGGCUCGACCGCACUGAAAGCAGAUGAUCUCAAGUCUGCUAUCGCAAAGGCAAAGUUCCGUCUUGCAAACACGGCAGAUACUCGUGAGGGACUGAUCAACAUUGUGGGCUCCAAUGUUCUGUCUGGGUCUAGUGGGGUGUCCCUGGAAUCGUCUCUAUCCUCCCUCGACAAAAUCACGGCUACUGCUUUCAACAAGGCCGCAACCACUCUCAUCAAGGGCAAGCCUACCUUCGUGGCUAUUGGUGAUACUACCAAACUUCCGUUCGCAGACGAACUUGGGCUUUGA